AUGUAGAAUGCAACAUCGUGGAACGCCAUCGGAAGUACAGCUGUGCAAACGUUUUAACUGAAACGUUUAGAAAAUUUUAUUUCCUUUCUUUCUUUUCGACGACGCUGGAUACGUUUAACAGACAAACAUGUCCGCGGAAGGAUCAUACAGGCUUGAACUAGAACCGCAGAAAAAGAACGUGUUUGUGACACAGUUGCGAGACGACGAGGAAGAUGACGCCGAGAUUCGCAAAUUUGCCGUUGUUGAAGAGUCAGCAAGCAAGUUGCUUGACACAGGCCUCAACACAGUGCAGUCGACUCUAUUACUCAAGAAACAGGUUGAAGUUGAAAAGGUUCAAGAAGAUUUGGAUAUCAAAAGGCGUCAGUUUGCAGAACGCAUGGCUGCAUGUAAGGCAAAAGAGGAAGCACUUAAAAAGAAACAAGCUCAGAUUCGUGAAAGAGUUGGAAAGUUUGAGAAGUUUAUAGAAGAAAAUGAUGCUAAAAGAAGGCGAGCAAUACAGAAGUAUCAAACAGAGUUUAAACUUAAAACUCAAAAAAAUAGGGAGCUUGAUGUUUUGUCAACUGAAUUAGAGCAGCUGAAAACAAGAAAAGAAGGUCUGAUGGAAAAGCUGGCAAAAUACUCAGUGUAUGAAAAAUUUCUAAUGAAAGUCCUUGAUCAGUUACCAGAAGACUACCUUGAGGCAAAUGACACCAUGUUGAUGGGAAUCAUGAUGAGGUUUAGAACACUAAGUGCGACUAAUCAAUCACUGGUACAGAUGUUAGGGGACACUUCAGAUCAGGUUGAAGCUGAACAGCAGAAGCUACAAGACAUGAAUCAAGAACACACUCAAAACUUAUUGCUUAUGAACAGUGAACUAGCAUCUCUUCAAGAAAAACUAGAGGAAACUUUGCAAAGAAAGGAGAAAAUCGAUCAGUUCUUAAUCAGUAGUAAAGGCGUCUUUAGACAACAGAGUGAAAUGCUCGGCUGCAUUAGACUUGCAAUCGACAACAUCGCAGAAAAGUGUCAAAGACUGCGAGGGACGCCGGUAGAGAAACUCGAUGUCGAUUCGAAGCUGAAAGUAAUUCAGGAACACAUCGUAGAGCACACUGACAUCCUCAAGCUGGCGAAACUCCCAGAAUCCGCGGCAGCCUCUGAAGGACUUCAACCCAGUCCAUCAAGCAUCCUCAAGAACAGAAUAUCCCGGCAUGCACUGAUAGACUCGCCAUUUAAGUCUAGUCCGUCCAGAGGUCUUAAGAACGUGCAGAUGGCGCUGAGAUUCGCUGCUGAUGUCAAGCAAUCGUAGCUGUAAUUGAAGUGGUGCAGAGAAGUCUCCACUUGAGCAGCAACUGAGAAUGUGAAUUGUUCUUAGGCCAAACCUCGAGAAGUGUACCUCUGACGCAAUCGUUUUUCAAAAAAGUUUUUGUCCUUCUGCCCACAAACCCUGCAUAAUAUAAUGGAGAUCCCGACACUGAAAUCAUUUGUGCAUUUCUCUUUAAUUUAUUGAGAAAAGUUCAGUGAUCCCUCAGAGGUGAUUGGCGAGGGGAGAAAUCAAACUGAAAGAAUUUUGUGCUUUUGCAUCAGGGGUUCGGAGGGGGGGGGGAGCGACAACUUUCCCGACUGCGUGGGCUGCUGGUCCCUAAAAAUAGAGAAGGAAAGGGUGGGUAGUUUGUAAAAAAACUCACCAGUAUUUUUGGAAAUGACAUAGAAAUUGAUAACUGAUCAUCAGCUUUGAAUUCGAAGUUGAUCUCUACCAUUUCAUAGCAUUGAAUCAUUAACUUUUUCUACUGUUCUUUUCUCAUAUUUCUCCCUUUUUUAUGAAUGCGUUUUGUACGUACAGGGUAUUGCAUUCUCGUCUCAAGCAAUUGUAUAAUGCUGGAAAUUAUAUUUAUUGUGUAUGUAUGCAAAUUUUUUACUGUAAUAAAUUGAUUUCUUAUA